ACCUGCUGAGUGUCCCAUGCACAAGCAGGCUGUGGCAGCCCCUCAGCAGUGCCCUGUUCAGCAUGACGCAGUUCCUGGGGCAUCAGAAGUUCCUGUUAGGCCUCAUGUCAUUCCACCAGGUUCGGUCAUCCAUCUGAGUGCCCUAUGCAUCAGUCCAAUCAACAAGAACAGCAACCACAGAUGGAAUUCCCCACGGAGUGUCCUAUGAGUGGUGGCGGUAGCAGUACAGUUGGUGGUCCAGCUCACCAGGCAGGUCUGCAUUUUGGGAAGGAAUAUGCUGGGAAGUAUGUUGAUAUCAACCCACUCAACAUGGAAGCUUAUCCUACGAAACCUGCUCCGGAUCAGCCGUUUGAUUUGUCAACUGAAAGACAAGUAUCAACUAUUCCGAAAGCAGAUACAAACAAUGAUCACUGGGUAUAUCCCUCCCCGCAAAUGUUUUGGAAUGCAAUGCUGAGAAAAGGAUGGAGAUGGAAAGAUGAUGACCUCUCCCAGAAGGACAUGGAACACAUAAUCAGCAUACAUAAUGUCAAUAAUGAAUUAGCAUGGCAAGAAGUGCUGAAAUGGGAGUCUCUCCAUAAGCAUGAGUGUGGCAAUCCAAAACUGAAACGAUUUGGUGGCAAAGCAACAGAGUAUUCGCCACGAGCUAGAAUGAGGAGUUGGCUUGGUUAUGAGUUACCUUUUGACCGCCACGACUGGAUUGUUGACCGUUGCGGCAAAGAAGUUCGCUACAUUAUCGACUACUAUGAUGGUGGUGAUGUUGAUCCUAAGGACUACAAGUGCAUCCUUGAUGUUCGGCCAGCUAUGGACUCCUUCGACAAACAUCUGGACAGGAUGGUUGUUUGCCGGUGGCGCUGGACGAGGAAGGAAGAAUAACUUACUUUAUUUUAUAUGGUCAUUGUUGAGCAAAGGAGAUAUUUGCUCUAUAAAGAUGAAUUGUUACACGUUGCAUUGAACUGAUCACUGCCCAAGACAAAUCCGUUAGAAUGUUCAUGCUUAUUAUACUUAAGCAAGUUUUCUUAUCCAAGUACAGGGGAUUAAUAGUUGUAUGAACAAAGAUGACACAGGUCAGUAUACUGUACCUUUGGAAAGUAAUUUGCCUAAUUCUUUCACUUUUAGAUGCAAGUAGCUAUUUUAUGUGUUAAAAAGUUAUGAAUGUUUUUUGUAAUUUCUU